CUGUUAUAAAUUAUCGAGUCAGUUCAAGUCUGAACUCAGAGGCGUGCACGUUCAUUACUCAUUUGUCGUUGUCUUGGUCCUCGUAAGCAUGGAUCGUUGGGUUGGGAAAAUUGUUGUUGUUACUGGUGCCUCGGCUGGAAUUGGCCUGGCGACGACUAGGGCCCUCAUUAAACAUGGAAUGAUAGUGGUUGGCCUUUCUAGGAGGAAACAGAAGAUGCUGGACGAGAUGACAGAUUUGGCGAAUGCUAGAGGGAAGUUCCACGCAUUGGAAUGCGAUGUCAGUAAGAGGGAUAGCAUUGCAGAAGCGUUUCAAUGGAUCAAAGAAAAUCUGGGAACUGUUCAAGUUCUGAUCAACAAUGCAGGAUAUAUAGCUCUUGGAACGUUCACUGACACAACACCAGAAACUUGGCAGGGUGUCAUUGACGUCAAUUUAAUGGGCUCGAUCCACUGCGCUACAACAGCUGUCAAGAUGAUGCAGGAAGCGAAACUGGAAGGGCACAUCAUCAACAUAAACAGCAUCGAAGGCCAUCGCAUUUACUUGUGCAAUGGAAAUCCUUUCAAUAUUUACGGAGUGACAAAACACGGAAUUACUGCCUUCACUGAGACACUUCAGCGAGAGCUAAUGGGGCAGAACAUUCGGGUCACAAGCUUGAGCCCGGGGCUGGUGAACACGGAGCUAUUGAAUGAAUACGGUGAUGGAGCGACUCUGUGCGAGGUACCGGGUCUGGAACCUAAGGACAUAUCCGAUUCGAUUAUUUAUGUUCUGGGAACACCGCAGAGAGUGCAGGUCACCGAAUUGAUAAUCAGACCUUUGGGGGAGAGGGCUCUCUAAUUAUUUUAUUUCU